AUGUCCUCUCAAUUAGAAGAAAUGCAAUCUCAAUGUCAGUGUGUUGUACAAUCUCCAAAUUCAGGAUCGGCUUGUAAGUGUGUUCCUGCUGGAGUUUGCCAAUGUGACACAGAAUGUGAUUGUGCUCAUUGUAAACAAAUGAAACAAGCUGGUAAAUGUUGUGCUAAAGAGUGCAAGUGUGGUCCUGUUGGAGUCUGUCAAUGUGACACCGAGUGUGGUUGUGCCCACUGUAAACAAAUGAGACAAGCUGGUAAAUGUUGCUCUCAAAAGUCUAGUUGUUGUGCUAAAGAGUGCAAAUGUGGUCCUGCUGGAGUCUGCCAAUGUGACACCGAGUGUGGUUGUGCCCACUGUAAACAAAUGAGACAAGCUGGUAAAUGUUGCUCUCAAAAGUCUAGUUGUUGUGCUAAAGAGUGCAAAUGUGGUCCUGCUGGAGUCUGUCAAUGUGACACAGAAUGUGAUUGUGCUCAUUGUAAACAAAUGAAACAAGCUGGUAAAUGUUGUGCUAAAGAGUGCAAGUGUGGUCCUGUUGGAGUCUGCCAAUGUGACACCGAGUGUGGUUGUGCCCACUGUAAACAAAUGAGACAAGCUGGUAAAUGUUGCUCUCAAAAGUCUAGUUGUUGUGCUAAAGAGUGCAAAUGUGGUCCUGCUGGAGUCUGUCAAUGUGACACCGAGUGUGGUUGUGCCCACUGUAAACAAAUGAGACAAGCUGGUAAAUGUUGCUCUCAAAAGUCUAGUUGUUGUGCUAAAGAGUGCAAAUGUGGUCCUGCUGGAGUCUGUCAAUGUGACACAGAAUGUGAUUGUGCCCACUGUAAACAAAUGAGACAAGCUGGUAAAUGUUGCUCUCAAAAGUCUAGUUGUUGUGCUAAAGAGUGCGAAUGUGGUCCUGCUGGAGUCUGUCAAUGUGAUACAGAAUGUGAUUGUGCUCACUGUAAACAAAUGAGACAAGCUUGUAAGUGCUGA